AUGGUGGAACUCGACUAUAUGCUCGAUCCAGGAUGGAAAUAUCUACGAUUACCGGAUGAUCAACAAUUACAGGAACAAGCAGCUCGUCGAUUCGAUAAUAAAACUCAUACAUGGGUCCCGGAUACUGCGGAAGGUUUUGUUAUCGCUUCGAUCGGUGUGGAAGAAGGAAAUCACUACACACUGACGAUGCCUGACGGAACAACGAAAAAGAUGGGAAAAGAAGAAUGUCAAGAGAUUAAUCCUGCAAAAUUCGAGAAAGUCGAGGAUAUGUCAAGUUUAACGUUUCUGAACGAAGCAUCAGUUCUACACAAUCUUCGUCAACGAUACUACUCGAUGAUGAUUUACACCUACUCGGGACUAUUUUGUGUGUUUAUCAAUCCGUACAAAAUGCUUCCUAUCUACACGGAUACUGUACAAGCAAUGUACGUGAAUAAACGUCGAUCCGAGAUGCCACCACAUCUAUUUGCUGUAUCGGAUGAAGCAUACAGGAAUAUGAUGACAGAUCAUGAAAAUCAAUCGGUACUGAUCACAGGAGAAUCCGGUGCGGGAAAAACGGAAAAUACCAAGAAAGUCAUCGCAUAUUUCGCUAAUAUAGGCGCACAGAGCAAGAAAUCACCAGCUGAACGAUCUGUACGAUUUAAGGACGAAGUGGAAAAUUCGCUCGAGAAUCAAGUAGUGCAGGCAAAUCCGGCGAUUGAAGCAUUUGGAAAUGGUGCAACAGUGAGAAACUACAAUUCAUCAAGAUAUGGGAAAUUUAUUCGUAUUCAUUUCGAUAAACGUGGAAAACUUGUCGGAGGUGACAUCGAACAUUAUCUUCUGGAAAAGUCACGUGUUAUCAAACAAGCUCCCGGAGAACGAUCCUACCACAUUUUCUAUCAGAUUUUCACUCAACGGAAAUUACGAGAUCUUUUCCUACUCGGAGAUGAUAUUCAUCAGUACAAAUUUGUAUCGCAAGCAGAGAUCACUGUUCCUGGAAUGGACGACAAGGAGGAGUUCCGAAUCACUGACAAUGCCUUUAACGUGAUGCAUUUUUCCGAUCGGGAAAAACAUGACCUUUAUAAAACAUGUGCGGCCAUAAUGCACAUGUCACGGUUCUGCUUCAAACAGAAACCACGUGAAGAACAGGCGGAGGUGGACAGCAUGGAUGGUCCCAUGAGCGCUGCAAAAUUAUUUGGGAUUGAUGCGGAUCAAUUCAUCGGCGCUCUGGUACAGCCAAGGAUAAAAGUUGGUUCUGAAUGGGUACACAAAAGUCAAAACAAGCAACAGGUCGAUUGGGCGGUCGGUGCCCUCGCCAAAGCGAUCUACUCCCGUAUGUUCACCUGGCUGAUCGCACGAGUGAAUCAGACAUUGUCAACAAAUCUCGAAAGCUCAGCAAACUACAUCGGAGUUCUGGACAUUGCAGGAUUCGAGAUAUUCGAUAGCAACUCUUUCGAACAACUUUGGAUAAAUUUCGUGAAUGAAAAGCUCCAACAAUUCUUCAAUCAUCAUAUGUUCGUGCUGGAGCAGGAAGAAUAUCAACGUGAAGGAAUCCAUUGGGAGUUCAUCGACUUCGGUCUCGAUUUACAGUCCUGCAUUGAACUUAUCGAAAAGCCUCUCGGAAUCAUCUCAGUACUGGAUGAGGAGUGUAUACUGCCAAAGGCAAACGACACAACAUAUGUGGACAAACUCAAUAACCUACACUUAGGAAAACAUCCCAAUUUUCAAAAGGCUAAACCUCCACGCGGAAAUCAAGCUGCCGCUCAUUUCGCGAUUGUUCACUACGCAGGUACUGUAAGAUACAAUGCUGAUCAGUGGUUAGAUAAAAAUAAGGAUCCACUCAAUGAUUCAGCCGUCGCGGUCCUCAAAAGUAGCGAUAAGACUGGCUUGAUUUAUAAGAUUUGGGAGGAUUACAUUACUGAAGUGGACAGAGAAGAGCUCAGUGCACGAGGAAUAACUCAGGAACGAAAAAAAGGAAAGUCGUCGUCAUUCCUCACUGUUUCCACGUUGUACAGGGAAUCAUUGUCCAGUCUUAUGGCCAUGUUGCACACAACGCAUCCUCAUUUUAUUAGAUGUAUUAUUCCAAAUGAAAAGAAGACAAGCGGAUUGAUAGAUGCACCACUUGUUUUAAAUCAGCUUACAUGUAAUGGUGUACUGGAAGGGAUUCGAAUUUGUCGUAAAGGUUUCCCGAAUCGAAUGACGUUCAAAGAUUUUCGAUUCCGUUACGCUAUCCUGGCAGCAGAUCAAGCCUGCGUAGAGGAUCCGGCUGAGGCUUCCAAGAAAAUGCUGGAAAGACUCUUCAAUGAGAAGAAAAUCGACGAGGAUAAGGUCAAACUUGGGACGACUAAAAGUGCAGUACGACGUUAUUUAGCGCAGAGUCAAUAUCAUCAACUGCUAAAACAACAGGCUGCCUACGAAAUAAUUCAACAAAACGUACGACAAUGGACAACUCUGAGGCUGUGGCCCUGGUAUCGGCUAUUCACUCGUCUGAAGCCGUUGCUUAAAGGAAUGAAGACGAAUGCUGAAGUUGAAGAGCUAGAAAGAAAAGUUAAGGAGUUGGAGGAACUAUCAGCUACAGAGGAACAACAACGAAGGAAAUAUGAGGAUGAUCUUCGUGUGAAAACCGAACAAUUUGAGGAAACACGAGCAGCGCUGGAAAGAGAGAAAAUGUUGAUGGAGAAAAGAAAUCAAGAAAUUGAGGACCUUCAUAAACAGCUGAAAACUGAGGCCGAGAGAAUCGAAGAGACAUCUCGAAAAGCUAAAGAGCUGGAAAGAGAUAAGGCAAGAGAAGCAAAGGAAUGGGCAGAGAAGGAAAAGCAACUGACAACGGAAGCGGAAGCUGAACGUACGAGAGCCAAACACCUUACUGAGAAGCUAUCCAAUGAAUUAAAAACACAACAGGACGAGAAUCAGAAACUUAUUAGCCAAAGGAAAGCACAGGAACUGGCAAUCACGGAGAUCACCGAUCGAUUGGACGUGCUCCAGGAACGACAUGAUCGAGCGGAAAGCCAAAAGAAACAAUUGCAGGAGAGGUUGGAUUCUUCUUUGGAGGAGCUUGUCGUCGAGAAGAGGCGAAAGGAUGACUACGCUAGAGCCAACAAGAAGCUAGAAAACCAAGCAAGGGCCAAUGAUGAGCAGUUGAAACUUAUUGAACGCGAAAAACACAUGCUUGAUCUUGAUUGUAAACGAAAACAAGAGGACAUUAAACUUCUCAAACAACGCGCAACCGACGACGCUAAUCUCAUCCUCAAACUACAAGUGAACAUUCGGAAGUUGAUUGCACGUAUUACAAACUUGGAAGAAGAACUCGAAUUGGAGAGGAAAGGAAGGAACAAGGCGGAGCACCAACGUGAGGGGCUACAAACCGAUAUUGAUGCGAUUCAGUUACAAAUGGAAGAGGCCAACGGACGACUUUCAACACAAACUCAUCUCUAUAAACUCUGUGCUGAAGAGAUGUCCACAUUAAAACGUGAGAUCCAGAAGAAGAAUAUGUGCCAUGAAUCGUACCUGGCAGAUCUGUGCUCCAUGCAACACAUUACUGUAAAUAAUCUUAGAGCGCUUAGAAAUCAGGCCGCCAACCUAGAAUCCGAGGCGAAUCGUGUGCUGUCGGCGCGCAACGCUAUUGUGGAUCUUUCCGCAAUCCCACAAAUCUAUCUAACCGCUGACGAUACGGAUGGCGAAGGUUCUAUAUAG